AUGUCAACAUCAACACUCCUCCGCAUUCGCCCAGCCCUAUCAACCGACAAACCAGCCAUGCUCAAAACCCUCCACAGCGCCCUCCGCAACAGCAACUUCCACAACCGCUGCUUCCCAUCCUCAGACCCAACCUCCCAGCACCAAUAUACCAACUGGAUCGACAAAAACAUGGCCGACACAACGUCCCACGUCAUAAUCGCCGAAGAAGCCAGCUCCGCCACUCCCAUCGCCGGGUGGGCACGCUGGGUCCGUCGCCCGGCACCCGGUCCGGACGCCAAGCCCAUGAUCUUCACGGAGUCCAUGUUCCCGGCGGGUGGGGAUGCCAAGCUCGCGGCACGGUUCUUCCAGACGAAUUUUGAUGCUAUGGAGAAAGCCGUGGGUGGUCAGCCAGUGUGGUUCUUGUCCAUGCUUAUUGUGCCGGAGGAGUUUGAGAAGCGUGGAGUUGACGAGGAGCUUAUGCGAUGGGGGGUCGAGAAGGCGAAUGGGGAGGGAUGGGCGGCGUUUGGGAAUGCGACACCCGAAACGAGGAGAUUGUACGAGGAGUUUGAGUUUCGUGUUGAUGAGAGACAUGAGUUUGAUGGUGAUUUGGUGACAUAUCAUAUGAAGAGGGAGGCGAAGUGA